AUGCCUGCUAGUAAGCAGCAAUUCGUGUUUUCAAAUGUGAAUUUUAGUGAUCUGAAGCUUGAUAACAUAUUGCUGGAUGCAGACGGGCACUGCCGAUUGGCGGAUUUCGGGAUGUGCAAGGAAGGGAUUACGAGUUCCAAACUUACCUCAACAUUUUGCGGUACACCUGACUACAUUGCGCCGGAGAUCUUGCAGGAAAUGGAGUACGGAGUUUCGGUGGACUGGUGGGCACUGGGGGUGCUGAUGUAUGAAAUGAUGGCGGGGCAGCCACCUUUCGAAGCCGAUAACGAAGAUGACUUAUUCGAAGCCAUUUUACAUGACGACGUGCUGUAUCCUGUAUGGCUUUCCAAGGAAGCAGUCAGCAUUUUGAAGGCGCAUGAACUUGCACAACCACGAUGUGCAUGA